UUUUUUUUUUUCUCCUUCUUUUAUGAAACAAGCCUGUUACUGGGUGUGGAGUGGUGUCAUCGUUUAAAGGAAUGUGCGCGGGUAUGAUCCGUCUGCAGCUGGCUGUGUUUUGGUGCGUGUGUUUUUCACUGUUUGAGGACUCAUGUUUCCUGAGUUUGUUGUAAAGUUAUGAGCGUGUGUCUCUACAAACAACUGCAGUCAUGUGACUCUGGGCUCUCACUGACUCACUCAGCCGUUGCAGCGUCCCCACAGAUCCCUACUGAGUGGAUUUCUUUUAAGAGAUCGCCACGCUGUUAUAAAUAUACUCCACUGUUAAAUAUUGAUAGGAUAGCUCCUUCACUUUCCCCUAUAUCUGUCUUCUUUCAUCUCUUUUUCUUUCUCUCAGUCUGAGCUUCAACCACCCCCCCUCUUCCUCCCUCCCCUCCCUGCUUCUUCCCCUUUCCAUGAGGCCUCUGUGCUCUGCCUUCCAGAGCUGAACCGGAGGCCUCUCUCUACCCCGGCUCUCAUUGGCUGAGCUUGACCACAUGGUCACAGAGUGGGCCGCCCUGCUCCGCUAUCCGCCCAGCUCUCUGGGUGUUCACAUGGAAUAACUCUACAGCUGCAGUGGGAAGAGAGCAGGGGCCGGGAAAGAGUGAGAGAGGGAGAGACGCCGAGCCCAAAAUGGACAUGGCUAACCUAUUCAAACAUUUCUUUCGAAUUGGGAAGGUGAAGGGCAGAAAGGGGAGAGACACGGCCUCCAAUGCGGACACAGACAUGUACGAUAACGGCGAGCGGCUCUACGACCUCAACCUGCCCGCCCUGGUCAAGUUCAGCUACACGGCAGAGCGCGAGGACGAGCUGUCGCUUGUGAAAGGCACGCGGGUGGUGGUGAUGGAGAAGUGCAGCGACGGCUGGUGGCGCGGCAGCUACAACGGACGCUCCGGCUGGUUUCCGUCAAACUACGUGACGGAGGAUGUGGACGGGACGGCGGGGGGAGGGGGCAUGGGCGGGGGCGGAGACCCAGCGGGAUCACUAACGGAGAAGCUGGCGGCCGUGGUGAACAGCACCACGAACGGGAACAGGGUGCUGCACACGGUCCAAGCGCUCUACCCUUUCAGCUCGGGCAACGACGAGGAGCUCAACUUCGAGAAGGGCGAGAUGAUGGAGGUCGUGGAGAAGCCCGAGAACGACCCGGAGUGGUGGAAGUGUCGCAAAGCGGACGGACAGCUGGGCUUGGUGCCUAAAAACUACGUCACUGUGCUGGACUCCACCUCCCAUAAACCUGCAGCAGGGCCCGCUGGGCCGCCCACACCUGACUGUGAUUACAUCUCACCAUCAGGCAGCGGGCGCUUCGCGGGGAAGGAGUGGUACUACGGAAAGGUGACGCGCCACCAGGCGGAGGUGGCCCUCAACCAGAGAGGCAUAGAGGGAGACUUCCUCAUCCGAGACAGCGAGUCAUCGCCAAACGACUUCUCCAUCUCCCUGAAGGCGCAGAGCAAGAACAAGCAUUUCAAAGUGCAGCUGAAGGAAAACCUUUACUGCAUUGGACAGCGCAAGUUCAACUCUAUGGAAGAGCUUGUUGAACACUACAAAAAGGCACCCAUCUUCACCAGUGAGCAGGGAGACAAACUGUACCUGAUCAAGGCCCUGGCUGCCUCCUGAUCCCUCUCUGUCACAUACACACACGCACUUACACACACAUACACACACCCCCUUAUACAUUGUUAAUUGCAUCCAUAUAUAUAUAUAUAUAUAUAAAAGUAUAUAUACAUACAGAUACUUAACGCCAGGACACACACUAACAUUUAAACUCCCAGCCUGACGACUUAACACAUCAUCAGGACUUCAAUGCCCGAUCUGUGAGCAUUCCAAGAGGAGGUAUGGAAAAAGCAUGGGAGAGAGACGGAGGAAUGAAAAAGGGGAGACAAAAAGACUAUGGACUCCUGAGAGAUGACUACAGACCUCUUGGUCGCCUAUUUUAAAUUAUCCAGAUGUGUUAGGUCAUAGGCAGUGCCAUGUAUUUCCACCUUUAUCUAUUAGAGUUGCAUUUAGUUUCUUUUUUUUGUUGUUGUUUUUGUUGAUAAUAUAUAAUCUUUUUAACAGUUUCUUUUUAAAAUGUGAUGAUUUUUUUUUUUUUUUUUAACUGUAUCCAAUACACAACAACCACCCGUAUGAGGCGUUUUGAGAUGUUAGCAAAUUCACAGUCUAGCCUGUAGAGGUCUACAUUGCAACUCAUUUUUGUGUUGUCUGUCUUAACUCGAAUCUUUAAAAAGUUGUGGACUCACUAAUCCACAACUUCUGCUAACUCCUAAUCACGAAUAAAAAAAAUUAAGUGACCAAAAUAUAUUUAUUGAUACAAUUCUGUUAGGAUAACGGUUGUCGAGAUCACACUCACAUCUGUUUGUUUUUUUGUUUUUGUUUUUUGAGGACUUCCUCUUCUCGUGCAAGGUCAAACUAGUUGUUCAACUUUUCUUUUUUUGUACAACACAACUGCUUGUCUCACAUAUUGCUGUAUCCAUAUCAUGUGAAUGUUACAAAGCCGAGGCAUCGCAGACUGUGGCGGGAGGCUCGAGAUCCUGUGACUUUGCAUGCGUGCACGUAAAAACAGAAUAGUAUCCUCACACUUUUUAUUUUUUUUAUUUUUUAUUUUUUACUGUAGCUCCAAAAAACAGAGACAGUCCGCAUGGGUGAUGACGUGGGAGGUUAUCCAUGUGUCCAGAGGUCAUGUGAAGAGUCAAAAAGUAUUUUCCCCCCCCUCAUAGUCUGUAGAGUGUGACUGACAGCUGAUGUGUCCACCCAGUGUUGCCAAAGGGGACGUUUCUCUGGGGAUGAGGAGAGGGCAGUGGGUAGGGAGGGUUGCGGGGGUGUAUGCUGACAGCAGCGCAGCUCCCAAACAAACCGGCCAGAGCUGGGAGGGGAAAUGGAGGGGACCGGUCCAGGCAGUCCAAAGGAUGAUGUCACUGCUCCUGAAUUAGUGAUCGCUUGAGGGAAUGGAUGAGUAAAGGGGGUCACCCAGGGGUCGUGCUUGUGUGGUUGCUGCACGUGUAUAUCAAGCCCGGAGACGAGGGAUUUUUCAGGAGAAGACUCCUCACAGCUAAGUUCUGGUAAAAGUAAUUGGUUUAAAGGCAAAGACAUCUCCUAGUUUUGGGAAAUCCAGCUUUUGUUUUUCUCCAAAUGGUAUGGUCAGUGUCAAGUUAGAACACCUAAAUGUUUUCAGCAGAAACACAUGGUUUAUAUUUACAGUACAGGUCUCUUGUGAAUGGGUAUUUGUUGAGUGAAAAUGGACCAAGUAGUGCUUGAAUGUUUUGAAGGGCAGCUAGCGUCAGCGCCUGCAAUCAAAACUGCAGCAGCGUUGGCAGGGAGCCGCUCCAGCAGUGGGCUCAGGGAAGAUGAUGAUGAUGAUGAUGAUCACGAUGCUUGCGAUGAUGAGUUCUCCAGCUGUGGCCAGUUGGACCCGAGAGCAGAGAAAGAAGGGGGAGAGAGGGAGGAAGAGGGAUUUCAUAGAGGAAUGGAAAAAUUGGACCCUAAAAAACAAAAGUAGGAUCUAGGGAGGAGACUUGGGAGAAUCUGUUCCACCGAGUAGGAUAUCUGGAUUACCACUCCCAGCCAGUAUAUGGGUGGAGAAAUGAACAGAGGCCAACGCUGAUGUAUCAUAGCAGAGAAUAAAAGAUUUUUUUUUUUUUUUGGAUGGCGGUGUUUUAAGGGAGGGCUUUUAAAGUUUAGUCAAUCCAUGCAUGAAAGUCAGUCAUGCCACAGAGAGCACAAAACAUGGGUGUGAACCUUUUUUUUCUUCUUCUCUCCAUUCCCCAGGUGAUUGACAGAACUACUCAUCUGAGAGCUUUGUGAUGACUUUUGGAGCUGUAAAAGAGGAAUUCUAAACGGUGAAACAAUUUUAAUUUAUGAAUGAGAUUACAUUUUAUUAAACGGUUCCAAAAACAUUCCAGGAUUUUAAAAAGACUUUUGGUCGCGGCUCGAAAGAUCUUGUUUGAUACCUGCCAGAUUUACAACUACAUGGUUCAAAAUGUAAAUCACAGCUUUUUGUUUCUCCGUGUGGCUUGACUGAUCAUUUUGUUUGUUUGUUUUUGUUUUUUUUGGGUCCGGAGAUUUGUUUCAAUUUAACCUGUAACCAUAAUUUCAGGUCAUGUAGGACACGUGUGCCUGUAUUCCCUUUCCCUUUUUGGUUUCAGUCAACAGUAUUUGGGUUACAGGAAUCAUUUAUUCCUCCCCAUUGUUGUAUCAGUGCCAUUUUUUUUGUUUUGUUUUUCUCCCCCUGACACUUUAUGUGAGAUAGUGUUUGCCUACAGUAGUAAUCAACUGCUAUCGGCAACCCGUUUUUUUUUUUGUUGUUUUUUUUGUGAAAUUUCCUCCCGGACUUCCAGUCCUACAGCAUCUGCAAUAUUACGCAGCAUUAUAGUGACAAGCGCCAACGCAAUGUGCCCCACUUUGAAGGAUUUAGGAGAUUUUUAAUGUGCCUUCACAGCUUUCUGUCAACCAAAGGUUCAGUGUGUACCCCUGCCCUUUUUUUCUUUUUAAUUCUUUAUCUUCCCACUUCUCUUGUCACCGCUGCGUGCUAUUUGGUUAAAGCUUUGCAUGUGCGUCAGUCGAGUCUGAUCAGUGAGCGACGUCUGAAAACAUCCUUAGUAUUUCCUCAUUGAGCACUCACGUUGUUGACAUAGGUUUAAAAAGAAAAGGAAAAAAAAAAAGUCAGUCUUAAUUUUUUUGUUUGUCACGCAUAAAAUGCCCGUUAGGUGAUCUUGUGUGUAGUUUUUUCAAGUGACCUUACCUUUGCUGAUUUCAUCAAGUAUAACUUCUUAAUUGAACGGUGAAUGCCUACAUGUACAGUAUAAAAAAUAAAAAAAAUAUGUGCUGAUGUUCAUUCAGAAACAUAACCCCCAGGUGUGAUGUAAUCAUGACCUGAAUCUCGUGUUAUGAGCACCUCAAGUAACGGUAUCACAUAUUGUUGGUUGUGAAGAAACUGUCAUGGUUUCCAAGGAAAUAGUUUUUUAUGUCUGUAUGCGUUUCAUAUAAGACUAGUAUAAGACAUUCACUUUUGCAGUUUAGCCACUUAAAUAUGUAAAGAAAAAAAAAACCUCAAUACUUAAAUGUUUUACUUGAUAUUCAAAUACAAAAACUACAGUAUCUCCCUGCAUAGAUAUUGUUAUGAACUGGGAUCUUUUUUUCAUUUUACACCAACAGAGGCCGCAUGAGCAGAGCCUUGUAGCUGUACAGAAAUUAUUUUAAAUCUGCUUAAAAGGACAUUGAAGUCAGUUGUGACAUGUAUUAUCAAGAGAUCGUCUAUCAAACUAUAUUUCACGUUCGAGAACUACAACGCAGCGGGAACUCUUUCCUUUCCUGACUGCUUAAACAAGCCUGAGAUAAUCUUGAAUCUUAGUAUUGAUUUCUUGAUAAUAUUUCGAACAAAUGACCCCCGUGUUUUUAAAAACUUUGGUGCUUUUGUGCUGCUUACAUUUCCAUGGUGUUCUUUGUCUCACAAGGCUUCUUUUUUCUGUCUUUUUUUUUUUUUUCUGUAUGAGAGGGAGUGAAGAAAACAGAUCCAUGCUGUGGAAUGAUAAAGGCAGUGCUGUGAAAUUUAAAUGUCAUGCUCUUAAUACUGUUUUUAUGGAGGGGGGAGAUCGUCUUCAGGUGUAAUAAUUUAGAAGAGUUUAUUAGAGUGUUCAAAAGACGUAAUAAACGAUACAAAAAGUGA